UGACAUCAUCCAUAGUGUGGGUGAUGUGGCAUUCCCAUUGGAUGGCGGUGUUAGAUUGUUGCAUGUCAACGCAAAUCCUGACCUUAUCUGGAUAUUUUGGCUUUGGAGGGGUCACGAUGGGGGAGACCUAUGGCGUGGGGCCUGUCGCCAUCUCAAUUAUGUCAUCGCCCUCUAGCCUCUUCAGCGACUUUUUGUCGGAUGUGAAAUGGAACUCGCCUGUGAGGCAAACAGAUGGGGUGGAUGUCUGUGUUAAUGUGAAGUUUGACUUGAACGUUUUUUUUUCUUGCCCAUGCCGUGGAACAGGUCUGGGUGACUGUCUACUAACUCAUCCGCUGACAUUUGUUUACUUGAAGAGGACACACAGUUGAUCAUGUGACCCAGCUCCUUAGCGGUCUUGUAGCCUAGCAGAGAGCAGCCAUCACCCUUCAUCACAUAGAAGUUGCUUGUAGUCAUCUCCUUUUUCAUCUCUGUGUUGCAUGUGAAUGCUCCUGCUAUUGGUAAGGGGUUGGCGAAGCCAUACGGUCACAUUUUCAUGUUGGCUGGAAUGAGCUGAUGGCUUGGUCUUAGUGUACUGAGGACAGGUAAUAAUGAACACAGCCCCAGAAUCGAUCACAGCUGAUAUCUUGACACCACUACUCUAAUUCAUACCUGUGGCUGUAUAGCAUUGUUGUUGCUACUGGAGCCUUGUGUGUUGUCUUUACCUGUCGUGCUGGUGAUGUUGUACACUUUCUUGUGAGCUUUGCGUUGUUUACCAGUGUCUCUAGAUUUUAGUUCAUCGUCCUUUCCAGGCUACUUUUGGCUUCUGCACUGCCUCGUUUCACCUGGCUGUUGCACUGCUUUUUUAAAUAUGUAUACUAGGUACUCAACGGUCUUUUUAGGUUAAAAGUAUGUUCGUAACUUCUGCUUAUGUGCUUAACGUCCGCAUGUGUGUCUGCCUCUGCUGCUAGCGUGUCAUAAAUGUCAUGCACGAGCUCCCCUGCUGUGCGCCUGCGUUGUUCCUGUUUGUCCCACAAGGCUUUCCGUACAGUGACGUAUUUUGAUUAUGCUUUAGGGAAAAUGGCCACCGCCACAGGCAAUAGUAAAGGCAACGCUCUAUCAAAAGCGGACUAUCUGAAACGUUAUUUGUCAGGAAAUGGAGAUUCCAAGAAAUCUAAAGAAAAGAGGAUCAAAAAGAAAAGAACUCAACAGCUUGGAACAGGGAUGAAAAUUGUGGAUGACGAUGUAGACUGGAGGCAGUUGGUUGACGACAAUGAGGAAAAGGAGAACGAUGAAGAAGACGAAGCCCCUGUGGUUGCUGAAUUCAUAGAUGAGCGUCCAGAAGAAGUUAAGCAACUAGAAUGUUUCAGGGCGAGCAGCAAAUGGAGAGUGAUGGGAGAUGAUUCGGGUGAGACAGAUGCAGCUCCGUUUGACCAGUCUCAGGAAAGUCAAGACUCAGUAACCAGUUUCGAAACAGCCAAAAAGCAAGCAGGCUCAGGGAAUCGUCCACUACGACAUGAUUCUCCUGAAGACUCCAUACUGAGAAGAGAACGUCAUGACUCUCCAGAACUCUCACCACGUAGACAGGCACGCAAUGAUUCCCCAGACCUGUCGCCACAGAGAAAAAGUCGCCAUGACUCCCCAGAUCUUUUACCACAGCGAAGAGCACGCCAUGAUUCACCAGACGUUUCACCACCAAGAUCAAAUGUCAGACGGCAUGACUCUUCCUCACCUUCACCUUCAAGGAAGAGUUCAAAGAAUCCCUCCUCUAGGAGUACUAACAGAAACAGCAAAGACUCAAAGACAUCCAAAGGCACCACUAGAGAUCAGCAGAAGGGACAUCCCUCAGACCCUGAUCUAUCACCCCCCCGCAGAAAGGGACCGAAAGGCAGGGGCUCAGACUCUGAUCUUUCACCUCCGCGAAAGAAGAGGCAAGGUGGCAGGGGAUCCGACUCUGACCUGUCCCCUCCGAGGAGACGGGCCCGUGGUGGAGGAGGUUCUGACCCGGACCUCUCCCCUCCUCGCCGCCCCGGCUCACAGGCUCCACGGAUGCUGUCUGGGGGAGCUGCAGGUCUUGUGUCCGUGGACAUUCUUAGGAAGGAGCAGGAAGAGAAUCGACGGAAGGAAAAGCACAACAAACCUCUUGAAGAGGAGUCCCGUAAUGCGCAGACUGUGUUCCGAGACAAGACGGGGAGAAAGCGUGACCUCGAUGCUGAGCGGCAGGAGAAGAGCAGGCAGGAUGGCGAGAAGGCGGAGAAAGAUGAGAAAUAUGCUCAGUGGGGAAGAGGGUUGGCUCAAGGCCAGAUGCAGCAGCAGAAUACGGAGGAUGCCUUCACGGAGUCCCAGAAGCCCCUGGCCCGUCACAUUGAUGAUAAGGAUCUGGACCAAAUGCUGAGGGAGAAGGAGAGAGAUGGGGACCCCAUGGCUGCCCUAAUGCGCAAGAAAAAAGCCAAGGACUCCAGACUGAAAGGCAUUAAAGAGAAACCACGCUACAGAGGACCACCCCCGCCUCCAAACCGGUUUAACCUUAUACCCGGCUACCGCUGGGAUGGGGUCGACAGGUCCAACGGUUUUGAGCAGAAGCGCUACACCAGAAUUUCUGAUAAAAAAGCAGUGCAAGACAUGGCUUACAAAUGGAGUGUGGAGGACAUGUAGACGUCUGCCAAGGACCACGGUGGCCCCUCGCCACCACCUUAAUGCUAAACUGAACAUCAUGCUGCUGGAUUGUGUCAAUCAGUCCUCCAGCCUUUGCACUGAUCUUUGGCUGUUUUGUUUUUUGCUUUUUGCCAGAGUGAACUCUCAGAUGGUCUCAUAGAUGACAGCAGUGAUGCUGUUAUAAUCCCAUAUGUCAACUUUAUUUCCUUUUCACAGUAAUUAAAUGUUGUACAUUUUAUAAAUCUGGCUUUAGAUGUCAUCAUUUUGCGGUUAGCCAUUAUUUGCCAGGAACAAGAAGAGAAGGGAAAAUUUUUGGGCAAGUCUUAAUCAUGUGAAUUGACUUGAUUGUGAAAAUAUGUUAUAGUAUACAGAGAGAGGGCCCAAAUAUAAUUGACAGCAACGAGCAAAGUCCAAUGCUCAUGAACUAAUGGUAUCAUGGGGUGUGUGGAAGCAUUGUGCCGACCCACCCAUGUUUGCGUUUAGGGGUUUUGCCUGUGGUAUUAAAUGAACAAAAUUAUUGACAAUUA